AUGACCAUUCCUUCUUCCUCUCCUCCCCGUGUUGGCCUCAUCUUGAUCGAUCAUGGUUCGCCAUCAUCAGCUUGGAACAAGUCCCAUGAGGAGCUCCUACCUAAAAUAGAGGAGGAGCUGAGUCGGAGAGGGCUCAGGUCGAUGUUUGAUGCGAUUCGAUGGUGCCACAUGGAGUUUGCUCAACCCUCUGUAGCUAAGACCAUGAACGGACUAGAAGUGGAAGGAAUUUCGAGAGUUAUAGCGAUUCCAGUCUUCGUGUCCGUCAGCUCUCAUUCGGAGAGGGACCUCCCAAAUAUACUCAACAUUAGAUUCCAUCCAGAUCAAGAUUCGGAAAUGGUGCGGUAUACCGGUCGUGUGCCGGUGACCUUGUGUACACCCUUGGAUCACCAACACAGUCUCCUCCCUAAAGUCAUCGCUAAGCAGGUGGUUGACAUGAUGACGGAAAGCCUCGCCUUCCUAGCCCGGGCUAAUGAUGGCUUCACUAAGAGGAAGGAGGAGGGUUUGCUUCCAGGCGUUAUCGGAUGCCCCGAUCAGUUUAUCCUCAACCCUCUGUUGAUCUCCGCCUUAGUGGAUUGUGGUGUUCAUGCGUGCCAAGUGGCGACCGGUCGGAAGAGGGUACCUCAACUAGAAGGUCAAGAUAAAGAGGUAGCGGCUGGGGUUACUGUUGUGGACUUGCUGGACCCGGGCUCGUGCCGCCCUACAACCCUCCCUUCUGGCUCACCAGAGACGUCCUCCCAGGCCACAAUGAUAGGCCAGUCGCUGGGCACUCAAACCGGGAGGCGACAGGGAAUCACAAGGGCUCCUCCGAGAGGCAAGGGGAAGGAGGCAGUACGACUGCAGUGGCGUUGGGCGCAUGAGUUUGCUGACAACAACAUGGGCUUUUUCUCUUGCUGGAAUUAG